UCUGCAGCCGAGGAGCCUUCCUCAGAGGCGCUGCUGCAGAGAAACACGAGCGCGUAAGUAACUGAAUGGGACAUGAAGAAUUGACGUUUAAAUGGCCAGCAUGUUGCAAAAGUCUGACAGCAAUGCAAGCUUUCUUCGAGCUGCCAGAGCUGGCAAUCUGGACAAAGUAGUGGAAUACCUGAAAAGUGGAAUAGACAUUAACACAUGUAAUCAGAAUGGGCUCAAUGCUCUGCACCUGGCGGCUAAAGAAGGCCACGUGGGACUGGUACAAGAAUUACUGGAAAGAGGGUCGGCUGUGGAUUCUGCCACUAAGAAAGGGAAUACCGCCCUGCACAUUGCAUCCUUAGCAGGACAAGCUGAAGUUGUCAAAGUUUUGGUUAAGGAAGGAGCCAAUAUUAAUGCACAGUCUCAGAAUGGUUUCACUCCAUUGUACAUGGCAGCUCAAGAGAACCACAUUGAAGUGGUGAAAUAUCUCCUGGAGAAUGGAGCCAACCAAAGCACAGCUACUGAGGAUGGUUUUACUCCCUUAGCUGUUGCUCUGCAACAAGGACACAAUCAAGCAGUGGCUAUCCUGCUGGAAAAUGACACCAAGGGGAAAGUGAGAUUACCAGCUUUGCACAUUGCUGCCAGAAAAGAUGACACCAAAUCAGCAGCGCUCCUACUGCAGAACGACCACAAUGCCGAUGUGCAGUCCAAGAUGAUGGUGAAUAGGACGACUGAGAGUGGCUUUACACCUUUGCACAUAGCUGCGCAUUAUGGAAACGUCAAUGUGGCAACGCUUCUGCUAAACCGAGGAGCUGCAGUUGAUUUCACAGCAAGGAAUGGAAUCACCCCACUGCAUGUCGCUUCCAAAAGGGGAAACACAAACAUGGUGAAGCUCUUGUUGGAUCGUGGAGGGCAGAUCGAUGCCAAAACCAGGGACGGACUCACACCACUCCACUGUGCUGCAAGAAGUGGACAUGACCAAGUUGUGGAGCUGCUUCUGGAACGAGGUGCCCCACUCCUUGCAAGGACCAAGAAUGGGCUCUCCCCACUUCACAUGGCGGCCCAGGGGGACCACGUGGAAUGCGUCAAACAUCUCCUGCAGCACAAAGCUCCUGUGGAUGAUGUCACGCUGGACUACCUGACUGCCCUCCACGUAGCUGCACACUGUGGCCACUAUCGUGUCACCAAGCUCCUCCUGGACAAGAGAGCAAAUCCCAAUGCUCGUGCCCUGAAUGGUUUUACUCCACUGCACAUUGCCUGCAAGAAAAAUCGCAUCAAAGUCAUGGAACUCCUGGUGAAAUAUGGGGCUUCAAUCCAGGCUAUAACGGAGUCGGGCCUCACACCAAUACAUGUGGCUGCAUUUAUGGGCCACUUGAACAUAGUCCUCCUUCUGCUGCAGAACGGAGCCUCUCCCGAUGUCACUAACAUUCGUGGAGAAACUGCACUGCACAUGGCAGCACGUGCCGGGCAGGUGGAAGUAGUUCGUUGUCUCCUGAGAAAUGGGGCCCUAGUUGACGCUCGAGCCAGGGAAGAACAGACUCCACUGCACAUUGCCUCUCGCUUGGGUAAAACAGAGAUUGUCCAGCUUCUGCUACAGCACAUGGCCCAUCCUGAUGCUGCAACAACUAAUGGAUACACUCCACUGCACAUCUCUGCCAGAGAGGGACAAGUUGAUGUUGCAUCAGUUCUCCUAGAGGCAGGUGCCUCACACUCCAUGUCCACCAAAAAGGGAUUCACGCCUUUGCAUGUGGCAGCCAAAUAUGGGAGCCUAGAAGUGGCAAAGCUCCUCCUGCAGCGUCGUGCCUCUCCUGAUUCAGCCGGCAAGAACGGCCUCACGCCCCUGCACGUGGCGGCCCAUUACGACAACCAGAAGGUGGCGCUGCUGUUGCUGGAGAAGGGCGCCUCGCCCCACGUGACCGCCAAGAAUGGAUACACCCCUCUACACAUUGCUGCCAAGAAAAAUCAGAUGCAGAUAGCUACCACGCUGUUGAACUAUGGGGCUGAGACCAACAUUUUGACCAAACAGGGAGUGACGCCACUUCAUUUAGCCUCCCAAGAAGGUCACACAGACAUGGUGACAUUGCUUUUGGAGAAAGGUUCCAAUAUCCAUGUGGCAACAAAGACUGGACUGACGUCCUUACACCUUGCAGCUCAAGAGGAUAAAGUGAAUGUAGCUGAAAUACUCACAAAACAUGGUGCAAACCAAGAUGCUCAGACAAAGCUUGGUUAUACUCCUUUAAUUGUGGCAUGUCACUAUGGAAACAUCAAAAUGGUGAAUUUUCUUCUCAAGGAGGGAGCAAAUGUCAAUGCUAAAACAAAGAAUGGGUACACUCCUCUCCACCAAGCUGCUCAACAAGGUCACACUCACAUCAUUAAUGUCCUUCUCCAACACGGAGCUAAGCCCAAUGCAAUCACCACCAAUGGUAACACUGCCUUAGCUAUUGCUAGGCGUCUGGGAUAUAUCUCAGUGGUCGAUACGCUGAAGGUUGUUACGGAGGAGAUUACUACCACCACAACUACUGUAACAGAGAAGCACAAGCUAAAUGUACCCGAAACAAUGACUGAGGUCCUGGAUGUUUCAGAUGAAGAAGGUGAUGAUACAAUGACAGGAGAUGGAGGAGAGUACCUUAGGCCAGAAGAUCUCAAAGAACUAGGAGAUGACUCUUUACCAAGCAGCCAGUUCUUAGAUGGUAUGAACUACCUGAGGUACAGCUUGGAAGGAGGGCGGUCUGACAGCACCAUGCCCAGCCUACGAUCCUUCAGUUCAGACAGGUCUCACACACUGAGCCAUGCCUCCUAUCUGAGGGACAGUGCCAUGAUUGACGACACUGUUGUAAUCCCUAGCCAGCAGGUAACUACUCUGGCCAAAGAAGCAGAAAGGAAUUCAUAUCGCUUAAGCUGGGGGCCUGAAAACUUGGAUAAUGUGGCUCUUUCUUCCAGCCCCAUUCAUUCAGGCUUCCUAGUUAGUUUCAUGGUGGAUGCUCGUGGGGGUGCCAUGAGGGGCUGCAGACAUAACGGACUGAGAAUUAUUAUUCCUCCGCGGAAAUGCACUGCUCCAACACGAGUGACCUGCCGCUUGGUGAAACGUCACAGACUGGCCACCAUGCCUCCCAUGGUGGAAGGGGAAGGCCUGGCCAGCCGUCUCAUCGAAGUGGGACCAUCUGGGGCCCAGUUUCUUGGGCCUGUGAUUGUGGAGAUUCCCCAUUUUGCUGCUCUGCGUGGGAAAGAGAGAGAACUGGUGAUCCUGCGCAGUGAGAACGGGGACAGCUGGAAGGAACAUUUUUGUGAAUACACUGAGGAUGAACUAAAUGAAAUCUUGAAUGGGAUGGAUGAAGUACUUGACACACCAGAAGAACUUGAGAAGAAACGUAUCUGCCGCAUCAUCACUCGUGAUUUCCCUCAGUACUUUGCAGUGGUGUCUCGAAUCAAACAGGACAGCAACCUUAUUGGACCUGAGGGGGGUGUGCUGAGCAGCACUGUUGUACCACAAGUGCAGGCAGUCUUCCCAGAAGGGGCUUUAACCAAACGAAUUCGUGUUGGCCUCCAGGCUCAACCUAUGCAUACUGAACUUAUAAAGAAGAUUUUGGGCAACAAGGCUACCUUCAGUCCUAUAGUCACACUGGAGCCCAGGAGGAGGAAGUUCCAUAAACCCAUCACGAUGACAAUUCCUGUCCCCAAGGCCUCCAGUGAUGGGAUCAUGAAUGGUUAUGGAGGUGACACACCCACUCUAAGGUUACUAUGCAGCAUAACAGGAGGAACCACCCCUGCCCAAUGGGAAGACAUCACUGGAACAACACCACUGACAUUUGUUAAUGAAUGUGUUUCCUUCACAACAAAUGUGUCUGCCAGAUUUUGGUUAAUUGACUGCCGACAGACACAAGAGUCUGUUACUUUUGCUUCUCAAGUGUAUAGAGAGAUUAUCUGCGUCCCCUACAUGGCCAAAUUUGUGGUGUUUGCCAAAUCACAUGAUCCCAUUGAAGCACGGUUAAGAUGUUUUUGCAUGACAGACGACAAGGUGGAUAAAACUCUAGAACAGCAAGAAAAUUUUGCUGAAGUUGCCAGAAGCAGGGAUGUCGAGGUAUUAGAAGGAAAACCCAUCUAUGUUGACUGUUUUGGCAAUUUGGUGCCACUAACUAAGAGUGGACAGCAUCACAUAUUCAGUUUUUUUGCCUUCAAAGAAAACAGACUUCCUCUAUUUGUUAAGGUGCGAGAUACCACUCAAGAACCCUGCGGACGAUUAUCAUUCAUGAAGGAGCCAAAAUCAACAAGAGGUCUUGUUCAUCAAGCCAUAUGUAAUUUAAACAUCACGUUACCUGUUUACACAAAGGAAUCAGAAUCAGACCAAGAACAAGAAGAAGAGGUUGAUAUGACUUCAGAAAAAAAUCAACAGGAUGAUCGGGAACGGACUGAGGAAAGACUGGCCCACAUUGCGGAUCACCUUGGAUUCAGUUGGACAGAGUUAGCAAGAGAACUGGAUUUCACAGAAGAGCAAAUUCACCAAAUCAGGAUUGAAAAUCCUAAUUCACUUCAAGACCAGAGCCAUGCACUCCUCAAAUAUUGGCUUGAAAGGGAUGGGAAACACGCAACAGAUACAAGCCUUACUCAAUGUCUUACUAAAAUCAACCGAAUGGAUAUUGUUCACCUAAUGGAGACCAGUGGCAUUGACUCUAUGCAGGUCCACGGCACUCGCACGUAUGCAGAAAUUGAACAAACAAUAGGAUUGGACCACAGUGAAGGGUUUUCCGUACUGCAAGAAGAACUGUACAGUUCAAGACAUAAGCCGGAAGAACGCCACAGAAUGUCUAAAGACAGUGACCCAAUGGAACACCCUCCCAUUGUUUCUGAGGAAGAUGUAUCUGUCAGUUAUUCUCCUUUUCAGGACAGUACUCCUAGGAGUGAGGCAGAGCUAACAAUGGCUGAGCUCCUAAGGCAAACACACAAAGAACAAGUGGAAGCUGAAUUCUCAGGGAAACCCCACAGUGUGGUAGAAACAACAUCUUCACAACAUGAAUAUUUUGUCACAACUCCAGGAACAGAGCAGACAGCAGCAAGUGAUACAUCUGCACACUUCAGUGCAACAAAGGAAGGGAGAGAAAAAACAUCCCCACAACCCUCAUCAUCUGCUCAGAGAGGUGGUUCUCCCAUCAUCCAAGAGCCUGAAGAGCUCCAUCUCCAUCAGGAUGACCUCCCUCCAAGGAGAACUAGUCUAGUGAUAGUGGAGUCAAUUGAUGAACAACCAGAAAAGCUUGGAAGUGGCUAUGAGGAGGAAUCUUUAGAAAAGGAGUUAGCAGAGGAGUUAGGUGAGCUGGAAACCAGCUCAGAUGAGGACGAGAUGGUAACUACCAGAGUCGUUCGUCGCCGGGUGAUUAUUCAGGCCGAUAGUAUGCCUGAAAUGCCACCAGAAACAGUCACAGAAGAACAAUACACAGAUGAACACGGCCACACAGUGGUAAAGAAGGUAACUAGAAAGAUCAUCCGGCGAUAUGUUUCUCCAGAUGGCACUGAAAAAGAAGACAUCAUUAUGCAAGGAACACCUCAAAAACCUGUCACGGUUGAAGAAGGAGAUGGCUAUUCCAAAGUUGUAAAACGAGUUGUGCUGAAGAGUGACAGUGAGCAGUCAGAGGUGACUUUGUCUGAACCUGGUGUUUUGCCCAGUGCCUCCAAUUUCCAGUCUGAGCCAGUGGAAGGCCGCAAGGUCAGCAAAGUCAUAAAGACUACUGUAGUGCAAGGAGAGAGAAUGGAGAAACACCUGGGGGAUGCGAGCUUAGCUACUGAUCUUCCGUCAGCCAAAGAGGACUUUGAAGAGGACAACACUAAGUAAAGCCAGCACACAGAAGAGGACUGUGAUGAAGGAUCGGUAUGGAAAACAUGUUCACAUAGAAGAGCUGGAUGACACACCAGAAGCACUACCACAGGAUGACCUCCAGCAUGACCUUCAGCAGCUUCUUAGACACUUCUGCAAAGAGGAUUGGAAACAAGAUGCAAAAUAAGAAGCUGUCACCCCUCAACAACAAUAUGUCCAUCCAGUACACAGCAUUCAUCUUUUCUAGGUGUAGACAUUAUGACCUACGUAAUCACUGGAAGACACUGCCAUUUCUACUUGUGCAGAUGCAGUGAAUUCAUUUUCUCCCCUGUAUUUGAUUUUGGGUUUUUGUUAUUUUUUACCCUGUAAGCUAAUUUGUGACCAAAGAUAGCAUCCUUCAUUUGGGAUGAUUUAUCCACCGAAUUGUCGUCUUUGUGCUGUACUGGGACCUUGUCAGCAUCGCCACUUGUUGCCGGUCCUUUGCUUCUGCACUAGCUUCACAAAACUGCAUUUGUCAAGCCAACUUCAUCUACAGGCCUCUUCAAGUGACUAUGUACAGGCACCAUGAAAAAAGGGAGUUAAUAUGUAAACUGUAUAUAGCAAGAGUAUUUGGACUUACUUAUGAGACUGCAGAAAACACACUGCCUACGAAUACUAUUAGUGUCGUGGAUUACAAGGUUUGUUGACACUGGUGAACAAUGGAAAAAGUAACAUUGACAUGAUCAACUGCGAACACUGACUGAGGAGGAAGCACUGCAGAUCUACUGCAUCCAUAAGACUUCCAGUUUAGGGAUCUAUUAUUAUAGUUAAAGGCUCUAAGAGUCAGGCUAAAAACCUGGAAAUUCAGCUGUUCUCAUGAAGAGCUGAUGGUGGCCAUCGAUACUUUUAAGACCUUUGGACAGCCACUUCAAGAUUUCCAGAAAAGAAAAAAAGUAAUUAAAAAUAUCCAAUUAGGUAACCAACUUGCUAGCAGCUAUAUCUAUGGCACAUUUGCAUACGGUAUUAAAAUCUUUUAGAUCUGGACAUGUGGCAGGGUGUAUUAAACAAUUAUAACUACAGUAGUUUCCUGUUUUCAUCACUGCUUUAGCAAACCACAUUGUCCUACUGGCCACUGCACUGUAGAUAACUAUGGGAGAAAGACUUACACUAUAUGAAAAGAAUAAUUAAUUCACCAUGUUUUAAUCAAGACUGCCUCUUAUCAGAUACAUGCAUGUGGCAUUUGAAGGUCAAAACCAAACCUCCUGUAAUUGUGUCAACCUACUCUAGCCCUCCAAGCACUGAGCGAGCAGUUUUUAUCUUUCAAAUGUUUUUUAAAGAGAAAGUGCUCACUAUCCUCGAAAGCCAGUUUCUGUUCAUAUUUUGUUACCUAUCUAUAUAUAAUAUAUAUUUCUAAAUCUACCCUCUGAAAAAAUCACGAUAGCAUGCAUGCACUUUUACUUUAAAAAAGGGAACAAAGACCUGCCAUAUUUGGUAUUCUAUACCUUAACAUUUAAAGGUGAGCACUCUGCAGCAUUUUAGAAUAUAUUACACCUGCAAACACACUAAAGGUUUUUGAACAGCUAUUUGAUUUUUUUUUUAAUAGCAUACUCAAGAACAGAUUAAAAACAAAUACUCUCCCUUAAGAAUAAUGCUUUUUCCAAGCUUACCUGGCCUUCUAUGAUUAUGGUUUGGGUUUGUGACUCACUCAGUGCUCAGAAUAAGGAAGGGCACUUCUCAUUGAAGUUCCGAUGCCAAAAGCAUGAGCACAUCUUGGGAGCUGAGGCUUCCUGCAGACAAAGCAACCUGAGGUGCCAUGCUAACACUUUUUUUUGGCAGGCAGGCAGAAAAAAAAAAAAAAAGUGUUUUGGCAGCCAAAAUGAAUGAGACCCUUGAUGAAACAUUUCAUGAUACAUCGAUGGCUUUCUUAUUGUCAAAGCACAGGAUGAUCUUCAAGAAUGGGGCUCUAAAGAAAUGCAUUUCUGUUGUGUUAUUUGCGGUGCAGAUGAUGUUCUGUGUAACAACAUAAUGGUUAUUCACCUCUUAUUUUGAUUUUUUUGCUGUGUUAUCAAAGAACUUGAAUACUGUGAGAAGAAGUGAAUUUUAAGUUGAUGAAUCAGCAUCUUGUUCCCAUGGUGAUAACACUAAUUGAAUAUAUCUAUGAGGGCAUGUAUUAGUUAAAAAUUAAAAAAAAAAAAAAAAUACAACACUAACAAUACAUAGCUGCAAUGUGUACAAUGGCUGAUUUAACUAAAUAAAAAUGUACAAGUGUUAAAUGUA